GGGUCAGGGGUGCUGUCACCUGCCAGUGAAGGAAUCACUAACAUCUUUGAAAAAUUUCUCCUACUUGCUGGUAGAUCAAAUUCUAAUGCUUCAGAAAGGCCCAAAGGAGCACAAGAGGUUUUACAUAUUCUGUAUGCUUUGAAAGACUGCCUACCUCUAAUGUCGAUGAAGUUCACAACAAGCAUCCUAAAAAUUUACUUUAAGUCUCUAUUGGAAGUGCGACAACCCAUUGUUACUAGGCGAAUAACAGAAUGUUUGCAUGCACUUUGUCUCUUUCCAACUUCAGAAGUUUUUCCUGAAGCUCUGCUAGAUCUGUUGUGCCCUCUUGCAUCAUCUAUCUCUACCAAUGAGAAGUCUGUAGAUUGCAUGACCUUCACUGCACGCUUACUAGAUGUUGGCAUGCGAAAAGUUUAUGGCUUGAACAGGAAACUCUGCGUGGUUGAGCUCCCUCUUGUGUUCAAUGCACUUGGAGAAAUUUUGGCAUGUGAUCAUAAGGAGGCUUGGUUUGCAGCCAUGGAAGCAUUUAAGAGUCUAAUUGUUGCGUGUAUUGAUGAAAGAUUGAUCAAGCAAGGGGUGGAUCAGAUUAUGGUGAAUGCUGAAAUUGAUGUUAGAAGGUCGCAGCCAACUAUCAUAGAAAAAAUAUGUGCCACUGUUGAGAGUUUACUUGGUUACAAGUACAUUGCAGUUUGGGACAUGGUGUUUCAGGUUGUUUCAACAAUGUUUGAUAAACUAGGUAUUUCUUUUGUUUCCAAGUCCUUUGGAGUAUAUUUCAUUUCUUUUCUAGGGUUCUUUUCUUCCUGGAUGUAUAAUAAGCAAGUAUUUUUUGACCUUCAAGCAAAACACUGUGACAUGCUUAAACAGUUACACUUAAUGCUUUUUUUUUGUAUUCAUGAAUGUUGAAUCAUUGCAGUCUGCUACAGUAUAUAUUUCUUAUCCCAACACCUGGACAUCCUGGCGCUCUUGUUGGGGUCAAGGCAACUGUCACCUUAGUGUGAGG